GUUAAAUCUCAUUCUCUAGUGUCUUCUCUAUCUGCAGCUAUCUUCAUUACUCAUUUUGUUAAUUGGUUUGUUGAUAUUGGUGCAUUUCAUUGAGAAGGUGUAUUCACAACUUAGAGGAAAGAAAAAAGAGAAAAAUGUGGUGACAUUGUUGGAGUCUGAUACUAACAAUAAAAGUAGUAUUAAUAUUAACAAUUUUAAUUACAAUCAUAAUAAUAUUCCUCAGUUGAAGGCAAGGAUGUUGGCUAUUUUCAAAAGAAGUUUGGUUGAUCCACCAAAAGAGCUCAACAGCCCUGCUUCAAUGGAUUCAUCCACAAACUCUAUGCUUCCCAAUGAGAUCCUUCACCAUUUCAUGUCAUGUGAUCCUUCCAAUGCUUUCUCCAUGAAUUUUGGAAAUGAUGCUCUUCUUGCUUAUUCCCCAUCAAAAAAGCCAUCAGUUCAUCAUGGAAUGUUUUGUGGUUUGGACAAUAUAUACUGUGCAUUCAUGGGAGGUCUGAACAACCUAAGCCAGCUCAUAAAACAGUAUAGACUAUCAAAGGGAAGCAAUGAUGCCAUGUUUACAAUUGAAGCUUAUAGGACACUACGUGAUAGGGGUCCAUACCCUGCUGAUCAGGUUCUCAAAGAGCUUGAUGGCAGUUUUGCAUUUGUCAUAUAUGAUGACAAGAAUGGAACAAUUUUUGUUGCAUCAGAUUCAAAUGGAGAUAUUGGACUCUUCUGGGGCAUUGCAGCUGAUGGAUCUGUAGUUAUUUCUGAUAGCAAGGAGCUUAUUAAAGCAAGCUGUGCUAAAUCAUUUGCACCAUUUCCCUCUGGGUGCAUGUUUCACAGUGGGCAUGGACUGAUGAGUUAUGAGCAUCCAAAUAGGAAGCUGAAGGCAAUGCCAAGGGUUGACAGUGAGGGGAUCAUGUGUGGGGCCACUUUCCUCGUUGACUCCCAAUCAAGGAAGUCUAUCAUGCCACGUGUUGGAAGUGAAGCCAACUGGGCUGUCUGGGGCCCACAAGCCUAA